AUGAUUAACUCAGUGAACUUCACCGCACCCGAAGCAUUUACAAACUCCACAACUCAAACCAUUGGGCUACCGGAAAGUCUGGAAAUCUGUGUGUACUUCAUCUAUUUCCUGUUUGGUCUUCCUCUACACUCCUAUGUUUUAUGGCUCAUCAUCACAGGAACAGGAAGUGGAGUUGCAUCAGAGUUCUUCAACCUCAAUCUCUCUGUUUGUGAGAUUGCAAACUCUUUGAACUGCUUUUUCUUUGUACUUUCAAUUUGGUUUUCAAGUCACUUGACCCUAAAAUUGUUUUUAAUAGGACUCUCUGUCACUGGCCGUCCUCUGUUUCAGUGUCUGAUCUGUGUUGAGCGUUACCUGGCAGUGGUUCAUCCUGUAACCUUUCUGAAGUUCAAACCUCUCAGAUAUAGAGUGAUCUGCUGCACUGUGGCCUGGAUAAUGACGCUUGGUUCUUGUUUGUGCUGCAUGUUAAUUUUAGUUUCAGUCAACAUUAUUGCACAUACAAGGUUCGUCUUGUUGCAGUUUAUCUUCUUCCUCUCCAUUCAGUUGUUCUGCUGUUUUGCUGUUCUCAGAGCUCUGAAGCAGUCAGGACCAGGAGAGAGAGGAAGAGAGAAAGGGGAGGAAAACCACAUGAAGAGAAGAGCAUUUUAUCUCAUUCUAAUAACUACAGUAAACAUGGUUAUCUUAUAUGUGCCGAUUACUAUUUCAGCAUUAUUUAACAAUCUGGCAAAACUCAAUUUUCAGAAAGUUUGGUCUCCUUCAGUCAUUUGUUAUGUGCUGGCUGGUUUUGUACAACCUGUUCUUUAUCUGCAUCGGAAUGGAAAACUUUUGUGCUUCUGCUCACCAUAA